AUGAAUAGUAGUUCUCCAUCUGAUUGUCAGUUCAAUUCUGUUGAAUAUGAAUUGAAGAUGAUCCCUAUGGAAGGUAUCUUGUGGAAGUGGACCAACUACUGGAAUGGAUGGCAAACAAGGUGGUUUGUAUUAGAGAAUGGUGUUUUGUCUUACUACAAAUCUCAGGAUGAGGUUAUUCAAGGAUGUAAAGGUUCCCUGAGGGUACUAGCAUGUGAAAUAAAUGUGAGUUCUUUGGACAAUACAAGAAUGGAUUUAGUCAUUCCAGGGGAACAACAUUUGUAUCUAAGAGCUGCCACUUCCCUAGAAAGACAACAGUGGCUGGUAGCACUUGGAACUGCCAAGGCAUGUUUCCAAAGUAAAGGAAAACACAAUGAUGAUUCUAUCCCUGAUGUACUAAAAACUAAGAAAUCUGAACUUAGACUUUACUGUGACUUAUUGAUGCAACAAGUUCAUGUAAUAAAAAAUUCAACACAUUCUGAUAAGGGGCCUGACAUAGAGAAAAUGGACGAUGUCACUAGACUUCUGGGUGCCACUUGUGAUACGUUUAUCAAGACCUUGGAAGAGUGCAUGACCCUAUCAAAGGCUAAUAUGAAUUAUGAGUUGUCCGCUAAAACUGAUGAUAUCCUGCCUGUUCCAUCCAUUAGAAAGAAGAGCAUCCAACGCAUCAAUUCCCAGGACUUGUGA